AGAGGUAAGGUGGUGACACUGAAACGUAUAAAUAACAGCUGCACACCGGACUUCUCGCCAUUAACUGGUGGCUUUUCGUGCUUAAGAUACUCAAUCUCUUCAGCAAGUAUGAUGCAUUUCAUCCUGCUGCUCUGUACAGUGACACUCUCAGCAGCUCGUCCCGAUGUUUCACACAUCAUCAAUGGGCCUUCCUUUGACUAUGGAGUGCCAUUAGUUGGAGCACCCAAUAACAUCAAUGAAGUCACAUCGACGAAAUACUUCACUUCGGCCUCGCAAAAUCUUCUAGCAAGGUUGUCUAAAGAAGAUCACACGGGAUACGACUAUCCGAAGCCCACGGUACCCUUUGACCUUCCUGCUCCAAGUUCUGUGUCCAUCGUACAAACCAAUUUGGACAAUAACAGGCAGUAUUUGCCGCCUGUGGCUGAGAAUCGAGUAUCCACCACGACAGUGCUACCCCCAUCGACUGCUGCUAGUUACUUGCCACCAAGAGUUGCAGCUGCUUCCACAAACAGGCCCCUAGUAGCUACAAGGGACUACUUGCCACCUCUUCGACCUGCAGCUUCAGCAGUAAGUCCGAGGGUUGUAAACCGGGAUUAUUUACCACCAGUGACCACAGAAAGGAGAGUUUCAACGACGACUUAUGUGCCUCCAGUGACUUCUGAAACGCGAGUCUCCUCAACUGCCUACCUUCCGCCAUCCACCGCAGAAACUCGCAUUUCCACCACGGCAUUUAGUCUACCAACCCGUCCGGCAGUAAUUUACAAUCGUGGCUCAACACCAGCUGCAAAUUCUCCUAUUCCUGCCACAGUUGCUGCUGAAGAAACCACUGGAUAUGACUAUCCAAGACCUACAGUUAAUUUUGAUCUGCCCAGUCCUAGUCCAUCCAAUGAUGUCCCUGUAGUGAUACCCACUACUUCAAGGGAAUACCUUCCACCUGUAGCCCCUUCAGUUCCUGUACCAUCACCCUCAGCUCCACCACUCAUUCUCAUUCCCAGCAGCACCACCCAACAGACAGUCAUCUCCUCCACAACAACUGAUCUCCCUCCCGCUCCGGAAGUCAUAUUACCAAGUCACACCUUGGAUGAAGAUGGCUACAAGUACCGUGUACCAGAUAAGCCAUUCAACUUCUAAGGGCAGCAGCUUAAAGAGAUUAUUCAAUGCACAAAGUGCUCCUAUUCAUCUCAAGUGAAUUGUGCAAAUUUUCGGGGUGUUUUUUCUGCAAACUCUACUCUUUUACACCGCAACAGCUAUUAUUUUUUUGUAACGGCUAUGUCACAAUGAAAUGAUGUAGUGUCAUAUGUAAAUAAAGGCUACAAUGGAAGUCAAAAAUA